UCUCAAUAUAUAAGAAAAGUUGGUGUUCUUUGUAUAUAAAGCUGGUUGCUUUUUAUAGAAUAGGUGCUUUCACAUAGUUUCAUCUACAUAAGUUAGCGAAAAACAUGGGUUUUCCAAUCUUUGGAAAUCAAUAGUGCAUAUGGAUACAUAGAUUACUCCCUGCAGCAGGUUUUGUUGGACCAGUCAUAUAGCGUAUAUUCGCUUCGUCCAGUCUGCAAGUACAGUUGCAUGACUUUGUUAUGAAGCGAAAUAAUGGAUAUUUCUUAGUAUCAUAUGUUAUUAAUUUGCACUGAAGUUGGCUUCUUUGCAUCAUAUUGUCAAAAGAAAGUUCAUUCGCUGGACUGCAGCCAAUGGCCGAAAGUUACUUCGAUUUUCAUUAUGGGGUCCCUGCGUUUGACGCCCUGGACAUGGAAGGUCUGUCGGCACCCGAUGUUCCUCCCGGCUCCUCUACCUCGGACAGUAACUCAUCCACCGAACAGGUAGAAAACAGCCAACCGGCAAACGGAAAUUCCAAAAAUGAGGCGCUCAGUCUCGUAAAAAAUGGACUAAAGUCAAAAAUCCAGAAAAAGUACAUGGAAAGUGGACAGGCACCUUUACAAGUGUCGUUUGAUCCUCCCCCUAAGUAUGAGUUAACAGAGGAGGAAAUGAGAAAGCAAGAGCUGAGGAAGAUAAGAAAUAGAAAAUCCGCCAACUUUAGUCGAGAAAAGAGGAAACAGAAGGAGGAAAGUCUUGUGAAGGAGGUGGAAACUUUGGAAACAGACCAUAAAAAAUUAAAGAGGGAAAUACAACAGCUGGCAGUGCUGAAAGAGAAAAUGGAGAGUACUUUUAAGAGUCAUCUGGUCCGCUGCCAGGAACAGAGACAUAAACUCCAACAACUCCUGGGUUCUGAACAGUUAGGAGAGUUAGAGAGAGACUCGUGUAGAAACCCUCCAUGGCAAACUGUAAACGGGAGAAUUGUAGGUGUUUCCGGCAUGCAGGCUGAAAAUACUCAAACUUUAAGCCCAGAUUCGCCUGUGGAAAUCGAACCUUUCUCUAGACAGACCAGUGAGGGUUUUGAUGCCAAUGUGAUUCAAGAUCUCACGGAGGAUGGGAUUUAAUUCAGGGUGAACACUGUCGUGACCCAAAUCGUCUUUCAAAAAAUUUUAGCUUGGAUUUAUCAAAUAUUGUUUAAUCCCUGUUAAAAAUGUUCUCAGUUUCUGAGAUCCAGUCACCUGAAUUUGUGUUGAGUAAGCCAGGAUGCCUCGUCUUAUGUUUCAUUUGUGAGAGGAUAGAACACCGGUGAUUUUUGAUUUUUUUUUUUUUUUGCGGGUUGCAUUUAUGCAUGAUAAACACUGGACACAGUCAGGAACUGUGUACCAGGUAUAUGAGUGAAGGAGUUCAUGCCAGAGGUGCCAUACAAUUUCUCGGAUUUUAUCUUUUAUUUUAUUUUUUGUGAGACAUUCUUUUCAAAAUACAAUGUAAUUAUAAAAUAUAAAAUAGUGUAACUGAUAUUAUGCCCUUAGGCCUUUUUUAGUCAGCAGUAAUUUCAGAGUCAAGGAAUAAAUACGAAUUGUCUAAAAUUUUAAAUUUUGCUCACGGCCUGUUUUCAAUUGGUUCUUGAACUGAAUCUUUUAUCUCUUCGUUUUGAAUUUGUUGCUUUCGAUAGAUAAUUUUGUAUAUACAUUGAGUAAGUUCCUCUACUACAGUGCAUAUUUUAACUAUUCUCGUUUUUUAAAUACCAUCAAAACAGAGGAAAUUAAUCCAAGCCAAUAUAUUUUGAAAAUUAAUUACCAUUUUAAGAAACAUAGAGGAACCUUUUCAAGAUGUCUUCAAGGGAAUAAAAAUAAGACUGAUAUGGUCAGAAAUAGUAAAGAUAUUGAUAAGAAACUUUUUCCAGGAAUUGAAUAUUUUAUUGAAUAUAUUUUUAAGCACCUUUUUAUUGUUAGUAUCUUUUAUUAUUUAAUAUGUAUACUUU